AUGAAUCCUUCUGGGGCCAAGCCAACCGGCGUGUCCGGACAAGCCGGAAAGCGUGCCCUCAAAGCCAAUAAGGCAUGUGUGCCCUGCCGUGCACGCAAGACCAAAUGCGAUGCCGCCGAGAUUGGCCUCCCCUGCAGCUGUUGUACCAGCAGGCAGUGUGUCAAGGACUGUGUACUACCGUCGGCCCAGCCUUCGACUUCCGAUCCUCUGGAUGGCCAAAGCCCACGUCAGGCUGAGCUAGAUCUGUUUUAUCUCAAUAUCUUAAACGAUGCCGGGGAGAAGACUACACAAUCUAGUCGACACCACCCCAUUUCCAGCACUCCCUAUCGCCCAAGCCCGGAAUACAGUUUUAGUACUCGGAAUUGUCGAUGGGCCAAGCAACCUCAAUUGGACGACAUUGACAACGAAUUUCUUGCCAAGAAGGGGGUAUUUGAUCUACCUCCUUCGCGCUACCUAGAUUCCCUCGUUAAGACAUACUUUGACCAUGUCUACCCCUUUGCUCCGGUGAUCAAUAGAGUUGAUUUUAUCCGCGGCUAUCAAUCUGGCCACUGCUCAUUGUUCUUGCUAUACGUCAUAUUGGCACCGGCCAGUGUCCAUGCGCCAGCAGACGUGCUAUCCGCCUGCGGCUUUGCUAGCCGCUCGGCCGCGCAAGAGUUGUUUUUUUCCAAGGCCAAGCUGCUUCACGACUUUUCCGCUGAAGAUGACCCAUUGUUGAUGCUGCAGGGAUCCAUCAUCUUGUGCAUGGUGAUUCUCGACCACCCUACCGACCGAGACUUUGGCUACUGGUUCCACAACGCAAUCCGUCUUGCCACUAAGCUUGACAUACGCAACGUGUACGUUUCCUACUCCUGGACUAUGGCACCUGGAAUGAGUAUUGCGGGUAUUAACUGCCUACGGAUUUUUCCACAGACGCUCGCGACUACUCGCAAAUACCUCCACGAUCAGACUGAGGACGGAAGAUGA